AUGCUAGGGCUGAGAGAGCAGCUCCACACUUAUCUCCGUUGCAUUGUCCGCGAUGGAAGAACAGCUCUGUUCUGGUUCGAUUUCUGGACCGACCUUGGUCCUUUAAUUCUCCUCUUCGAAAGCUCAGGGCCUGUCUCGCUCAGGAUUCCCCUUAACGCUACGGUUACGCAAGCUGUACACACUGGUCCCUGGAACCUUCCUCCUGCUAGAUCUGAUUAUGCAGAGACGCUACAAAUUGUUUUAUCAACAACUGACGUUCCAAGUGACUCCAACGGAAAUGAUGUCUAUCUAUGGCGAGCUCGUUCUGGUGGUUUUGGUGCGUCUUUCUCCUCUCCGGCUACGUGGGAGAGGCUUCGUACUCCUAAGCCCCAAGUCCAGUGGCACUCAACGGUGUGGUUUAGGGAGGAGAUUCCCCGGUGUUCCUUUACCACUUGGACUGCCACUCUUGGUAGACUCCCAACUCGAGACAGACUGAUCUCCUGGGGACUUUCUCUUCCUCCAGGUUGUGUUUUAUGUUCAAAUGCUAUUGAAUCUCACUCCCAUCUUUUCUUUGAGUGCUCGUUUGCUGCUGUUGCUUGGAAUCGUUUUCGUGGCAGGUUUUUGGCGUCUCCCCCUCCUUCUGUCGCAGCAGUGGUGGAUCUCUGUCGUCAUCUUCAAGGUCCGCAUGCAUCUAGGGUUGCAGUGGUGAUGAAGCUUCUCAACCAAGUCAUUAUCUAUAACCUGUGGCGUGAACGGAAUGCCCGCAUAUUCAGAGACGUAUCGAUGACUCAGGAGGCAUUCUAUAAGGUGGUGGAUCGUGGCAUCAAGGAUCGGUUGCUGUCUCUCCCGUCAGUCUCUGCUUCCUCUCCCUCGCUUCUCGAAUUGUACUUUUGGAUUGUCUCCCCCUACAGUUAA